AUGCUUCGCAGCACUCCAACGGGGACUUGGAUCCCGGCCUGGGUCCCGGAAUCCACCACCACCGUCUCUGUUCUUCUGCUGAUCUGCUCCAUGGUUCAGUCCGCAACUGGUGGCUACGACGGCUCCAUGCUCAACGGCCUGAACAUUUUGCCUUCAUACACAGACUACUUCAACUUGAACAGCGCUACUACCGGCCUCAACACCGCGUCCGUCUUUAUCGGCGGCUUCUUUGGCCCGAUUUUCGCUGGUGUCAUGACUGAUCGGCUUGGUCGUCGUCCCGCCAUCUUCUGGGGCUCAGUGGUCACGCUAUUGGGCAUUAUUUUGCAAACCGCAGCACAAAACAUUGCCAUGUUUGUCGUGGCGAGAAUCAUCCUUGGAUGGGGUAGUGCCAUUUCGUCCGUUGCAGGCGCCGUCUACCUGAGCGAGACAUUUGCGAGCAGAUAUCGCGCGUGGGGUGUUGGCAUUCUGAACAACUUUUACUAUGUUGGUUCGCUAAUCGCUGCCGGAGUCACCCUUGGCACAGGCCAGUGGCAGUCUACGUGGGCCUGGCGUCUUCCAUCGCUGCUCCAGGGAAUCUUCUCCUUUGCUUGUAUUCUGGUGCUGCCUUUUAUUCCUGAAUCGCCCCGCUGGCUGGUUAGCAAAGAGCGGUACGAAGAUGCGCGACUCUCUGUCGCUCAGACCAACGCCGAUGGCGACAUAACUAACCCGGUUGUGGUGGCCGUCUACAAAGAGAUUGUCGACACUCUUGAGUGGGAGCGGAAAAACGGUAUGACGAUGAGUCCCAGGGAAAUCAUCAAGACUCCGACGGCGCGAAAGAGAACCUUGAUCGGGGCAUCGGUCGGACCCUUUUCAUGCAUUGCUGGAAAUGUCAUCGCAUCGUAUUACCUUGGAAAUGAGCUGGACACGGCGGGCAUCACAGACUACAAUGACCAGCUCAAGGCCAAUAUUGUCCUCAACGUCUGGUGUCUGUUCUGCGCAUUUGGAGGCACUCAUUUGGCGGCGGUAUGGGGUCGAAAGCCCACUGCGCUGCUUUCACAGAGUCUCAUGAUCGUGUGCCUCUUUAUUAUCGGCGGCUUGUCCAAGAUGUACGCAGACAACCCGGAUGGUGCCUCUACCAGUUUGAUCUACGGAGAUGUUGCCGUCAUGUUCAUCUUCCAGGGAAUCUACUCCAUUGCCUUUACCCCCUUGCUCUACCUUUACCCGCCAGAAGUAAUGAACUACCCUAUUCGAGCCAACGGAUUGGCAUUGGCUAAUUUCAGUUUGAAUGGAUUGGCUCUCCUCCUCACGUUCGUGAUGCCUAUUGCGCUGACCAACAUUGGAUGGAAAACGUACAUCAUCAACGGCUCAUGGGACAUUAUCACGCUUGUCCUCAUUGCCGUCUAUUGGGUAGAGACAAAGGGCAAAACCUUGGAAGAAAUCGACGCCAUCUUUGAGGGAGAGAAGCAUUCGUCGGUGCCCGACAUUGAGGAUAUUCGUACUGGUAAAACGACUGUGGAUGUGACACAGAUAGAACUUGAACUUCACGACGAAAUCGGGCUGAAGAGUCACGAGGCUUAA